UUUAACUCCUCGACGAGCACUUUCCAUUUCCCACUUCCUUUUGCUUUUCCAAUCUGAUCCCCUUCUCGCUCUCUUCGAGCAUCGAUUCUCACGGAUUCAAGCUGCAAUCCCUUCCUUUCUAGGGUUUUCAGGGAGAGGGGAUGGAUUCGGAUGAUGAUAUGCAUGAUGCCAACGAUUUGGAGUCGCUGGAGGACGAUUUCUACAGCGGGGGCACGGGAAUCGGGAGUGAAGAAGAAGAUGAUUAUGAUGAUGAUGAUGAUGAUGAUGAUGAUGAGGACUAUGGUUUUGUGGAUAAUGAUUCUGAUGAUAUCAUGGAGAUCGCUGCUAAUCGCUACCAGAAGAAUUAUACGAUUUUGAAUGAAGCCAGCAUACAGCAGUGUCAAGAGGAUGAUAUAACCAGGGUGUCAACUGUACUUUCUAUUCCUAGAGUUGCAUCGUGCAUUCUUCUGCGCCAUUAUAACUGGAGUGUCAAUAAGGUGCAUGAUGAAUGGUUUGCAGAUGAAGAAAAUGCUAGAAAGACCGUUGGUUUAUUGGAGAAACUUAUUGAAAUUCCGAAAGAAAAGGAACUGGUUUGUGGAAUAUGUUUUGACACCUACCCUCGUGAGAAAAUGAAUGCUGCUGCAUGUGGCCAUCCUUUUUGUCAUGUCUGUUGGAGAGGUUACAUUGGCACUUCAAUAAGUGAUGGUCCUGGUUGCUUGAUGUUACGAUGUCCUGAUCCAUCUUGUGAUGCUGCUAUUGGUCAGGACAUGAUUUCUCUUUUGGCCACUCAUGAUGAUGCAGAGAAAUACUCAAAAUACCUUAUCAGGUCAUACAUUGAAAAUAAUAGAAAGACAAAAUGGUGCCCUGCUCCGGGCUGCGAAUUUGCUGUGGAUUUUGUUCUUGGAAGUGGAAACUUUGAUGUUUGCUGCAAUUGUUCACAUACCUUUUGUUGGAAUUGUACAGAGGAGGCUCACCGACCUGUGGAUUGUGGUACAGUUGCCAAGUGGAUAUUAAAAAACAGUGCCGAGUCCGAGAACAUGAAUUGGAUAUUGGCCAAUUCCAAGCCCUGCCCAAAGUGUAAGCGGCCAAUUGAGAAAAACCAGGGUUGCAUGCACAUUACAUGCACCCCACCUUGCAAAUAUGAGUUUUGCUGGUUAUGUUUAGGUGCAUGGUCUGAUCAUGGUGAGAGGACUGGUGGUUUUUAUGCUUGCAAUCGCUAUGAAGCAGCAAGACAGGAGGGUGUGUAUGAUGAAACUGAAAGGAGGAGAGAGAUGGCUAAAAAUUCUCUGGAGCGAUACACACAUUAUUACGAGCGCUGGGCGACCAAUCAGUCGUCACGACAAAAAGCACUUGCAGAUCUACACAGUAUGCAAACUGAAAAGCUUGAGAAGCUUAGUGAGAAACAAAGCCAACCAGAGUCUCAGCUGAAGUUCAUAAUUGAGGCGUGGUCUCAGAUAGUGGAGUGUAGGCGGGUAUUGAAAUGGACCUAUGCUUAUGGAUACUAUCUUCCCGAUCAUGAGCACGCCAAGAGGCAGUUCUUUGAAUAUCUUCAAGGUGAAGCAGAGUCUGGAUUGGAACGACUUCAUCAAUGUGUGGAGAAGGAACUUCAAAUUUACUUCGAUGCAGCAAAUUCUGUGCAAGACUUUAAUGAUUUCCGCACAAAAUUAGCUGGGCUAACCAGUGUGACUCGGAAUUAUUUUGAAAACCUUGUUCGCGCCCUGGAGAUGGGCCUCAAGGAUGUUGGUCCUGUCAACAACCAGGCAACCAGCAGCAAGACUUUAAGUUCAAAGAACUUGGGCAGCAGGGGAGGCAAGAGCGGGAAGAGCAAGAUGUGAAAACAACACCGGUAAUGCAAACUGCAGUGACUGCUUCCCCUGCUUGAAGGUUUUGGUUAGCGAUGAUGCUAAGAUGCAAUUGUGUAAUAUAAGGUAUGUGGGGAGAUAAGUAUUUCUCAAAGAAAAAUGUAGGGGAUAAGAAGAAGAGCUAGCAUUUUGUUGUAUUGACUGAUUGCUUAAAAAAAGAAAAAAGAAAAGAAAAAGAAAAAAAGUAAAACGAUGUAUAAUUCCCUGUAUAUGUAUGUAUAUCCUCCUGCUCACUGCCGUGUCUGUGUAUCCCGAGCACGAUGGAUAAUCGUUGUCAUGCACGUUGUAGUGUGCCCUUAUUGAAAACUUUUAAAACAAUCCAUCAUCCAUUUA